AUGCCCAACGACGAAGAACGCGUCGGGCGGGCCAACGCCACUGGUGCGGGCGACGGACGGCGGCAAGCCGGUGCGCUCGUCGGUGGCGCGGGUGCUGCUCACCGUGCUGGAGGAGGGGCCGCCGCCGCCCCACCCGCCCGGGUGGACCUGCCUGAACGGGCCGUCCAGGUGUUCGAGACGGACCCGGUCGGUCACCUCGUCAUCCUGGCCACUGCCAACGCCACGCUGCUCUUCAGUAUUGCAGGCGGCAACACCGGAGGCAGCUUCAGCGUCAACAGCCAGGGCGGCAUCGUGAUCGCCCGCCCGCUGGACUGGGAGACAACGGCCGAGUACACGCUGAACGUCUCCGCCACGGACGGACACCACGUGGUCUUCACGCCGCUGCGGAUCACAGUGCUGGACGUGAACGACCGGGAUCCGGCCGUUCGAGCGCGCCCUGAGACGGAGCACGAGCACGUGCUGACGGUGUCGGUGCGGGACCAGGGCACACCGGCGCGCCGCGACUACGCCCGCCUGCUGGUGCACGUGCGGGACGAGAACGACCACCGUCCGCAGUUCCUCAGCGACCUGGUGGUGGGCCAGGUGCACGAGACGGCGCCGGUCGGCUGGCAAGUGGUCACCGUGCUGGCCACCGACCGCGACCAUGGCCAGAACGCCCGCAUCACCUACUCCAUACUGUCAGGUAACGUGGACAACGCGUUCGCGGUGGACUCGGUGCUGGGUACCAUCUCGGUGGCCAUCGGGCUGGACCAGCGGCGCGCCAGCGAGUACAUCCUAACGGUGCGCGCCAGCGACGCCGGCCGGCCGCCGCUGCACGGCGACGUCCACGUCAACGUACUCGUCACGCUGCCCGACAACGCGCCGCCCCGCUUCGAGAAGGCAGAGUACGGCGCUGAGGUGGAGGAGGACAGGCCUCCGGGCUCCCACGUGCUGGACGUGGUGGCCCACUGCCGGACUUCAGUGACCUACCGUCUGGUGGGAGGCAAUGAGGACGGCUCGUUCCUGCUGAACCCUGGCGCCGGGAUGCUCACCGUCAGCGAGAGACUCGACUACGAGCGCCGCACCUGGUACAACCUGUCCAUACAAGCCGUCAGCAUGGUGGGCGAGGUGGCCCACACGAGCGUCAUCGUGCACGUGCUGGACGUGAACGACAACCGUCCGCGGCUGGCGCGGCCACGUUACGCCGGCCGGGUGCGCGAGUCGGCGCCGGUCGGCUCGGCCGUGCUGGCCGACGACGGCCGGCCGCUGGUGGUGGCCGCUGUGGACCUGGACGACAACAGCAACGGCCGGCUGCUGUUCAGCAUCGUGGAGACGGCCGCCCGCCAGUUCCUGCAGAUCGACCCCGACUCCGGUGCCCUGAGGACCGCCGGCGCGCUGGACCACGAGAGCCGGUCCCAGCUGGAGUUCACGGUGGACGUCUGGGACCGCGGCCAGCCCCGUCUGCAGGCGGCCAGGCCGGCUCGCGUCACCGUCGCCGUGCUUGACGUCAACGAUGAGCCGCCCCGUUUCGCGCACGCGCAGUACAACUUCACCGUGCUGACGCCCAGCUACGACGGCGUGGAGGUCGGCACCGUGCAGGCCUCCGACCCGGACACGCAGAACAUCAGCUACUCGCUGACGGGCGCCGACGCGGCGCUGUUCUCGCUGGCCGCCGACACGGGCUCGCUGCGCCUGCUGCGCGGUGAGACGGUGCCGCCGCUGGCCAACGUGACCGUGCACGCGUCGGACGGGCCGCACCGCGCCGCCGCCCUGGUGCUGGUGCGCAGCCGCCAGGUGGCCAGUCGCGGCCUGGUGUUCUCCAGCGACCAGUUCUACGGCACCGUGCGCGAGAACACGACUCGCGUCGACAUCGUGGCCUCGCUGUCCGUGCGGGGCAACCAGCUGAUGGAGCACCUCGCCUUCCGCAUCCUCAACCCUUCCGAGUACUUCAGCAUCAGCGAGACGGCUGGCGUGGUGCGCACCACGGGUGUGGCGCUGGACCGGGAGCAGCAGGAGCAGCACGUGCUGGCCGUAGAGGUGCGCAGCGACAGGGACGGCCGGGUGGCGCACACGCUGCUGCACGUGACCGUCAUGGACGACAACGACAACCGGCCCGUGUUCGUCAACCAGCCGUAUCACGCCGUCGUGCCCGUCGAGGCCACCGUCGGAGCUCCGGUCACCAAGGUGACGGCGAUCGACGCUGACCUGGGCGACAACGGCCGGGUACACUAUGACCUGCUGCGGGGCAACGGUGACCUGUUCGCUGUGGACCUGCUGAGCGGGGCUGUGACGCUGCGCCGCUCGCCGCGCGGCCUCGACACCGCCUUCAGGCUGGUCGUCACUGCUUACGAUGGAGGCUCCCCUCCCCUCUCCUCGGAGGCGGAGGUACUGGUGACAACCGUGGACGGCAGUCAGCCCCGCUUCUCCCAGCCGCACUACUGGGCCCACGUGGCUGAGUCGGCCGAGCGGCGCACGCCCGUGCUGACGCUGGAGGCGGCUGCCCCGUCCGCCUCCAGCCUGGUGUUCCAGCUCACAGAGCCGGCCGUCGACUCCAUGUUCGACGUAGACUUCACCACCGGCGUUCUGUACGUGGCUGGUGAGCUGGACUACGAGACCCGGCCGCGCUACAAGCUGACGGUGUCGGCCACGGACCGGGUCACGGGGUCAAUGACCUCUGUGCCGGUCACGGUGAACGUCACGGACGUCAACGACAACGCGCCUCAGUUCGAGCGGUCGGUUUACAACGUGACGGCCAGCGAGGCGGCCCACCCCGGCCUGAAGCUGCUGCGCGUGAAGGUCACGGACCGGGACCAGGAGGACGACCAGCCGCUAAGCUUCCGUGUCCAGGAGGCGGACGGCUCGGAGAGCUUCCUGUUCCACAUGACGUCCGACGGCUCCCUGGCCGUCACCAGCUACCUGGACUUCGAGCAGCGGCCGCUGCACCAGCUGGUGAUGACCGUCUCCGACGACGGCUCGCCGCCGCUCACUGGCACCGCGCUGCUCACCGUCAACGUGGAGGACGUGAACGACAACGUGCCGGUGUUCGACCGGGCCAGCUACGCGUGCGAGCUGACGGAGCUGCCGUCUCGGGGGCAGUUUGUCACCAUGGUGAAGGCGCACGACCCGGACCCCACCGACCAGCUCGUCUACCGCAUCGCUGACGGCAACGACCGCCAGCUGUUCUACAUCAACAGGCGCACAGGCGUCAUCACGGUGGCCAAUAUCCGGGCGUUCGAUGAGUCGCCCCAGUACCAGCUGAACAUAACUGCCGCCGACGGUAUUCACCACACCUACGUGCCCCUGACGGUCCGACUGAUGCCCGCUAACAAGCAUGCGCCCGCAUUCGAAAAGGUCGCCUACGAGGUGGACCUGAGUGAAGACGUGGCCAGCGGCACUCCGGUGACCCAGGUCAAGGCAUAUGACCCAGACAGGGGUCCCCUGGGUCAGCGACUGGACCGUGAGACGGUGCCGGUGCUGGAGCUGCCCGUGUGGGCCACGGACGGUGGUCACCGGUCUGAUCACACCACAGUCAAGGUCCGGCUGUCGGACGUCAACGACAACGCGCCCCGCUUCCAGCUGGCUCAGUACCGGGCUGUCGUGGCGGCCAACCUCACGGCCGGAGACGUCAUCUGCAAGGUGACGGCGUACGACUCGGACGAAGGAGAUAACGCCAGGCUCACGUACAGCAUCUUCGAGACGGAGGUGUCGGACAUCAGGAAGGCCUUGGAUAUCGAUUCGGAGACGGGAGAGAUCAUUCUGAUGCAGCGGCCAACUCAGCUGGAGAGUCCGGUGUACCAGUUGUUCGUGCGAGCGACAGAUGGCGGCAGUGAGCGGCUGGUGGCCGACGUCCCAGUGGACGUGGUCGUGUUGCCAGACAGCGAGGGCAUGCCCGUGUUUGACCCGCUGCUGUCGGGGCCACAGGGCGUGUUUCUCACCGAGAGUGACCCAGUUGGUGAGUAA